GAAGGUCAAGAGUUGUUGAGAAAAAAGAAAGAAAAAUAGAAAACCAUCGACUAACAACACUUCUCAAUCAAACCACAACAAACCAAUCUCACUCGAUAACAAAUCAACUUUCGAAAAACUAUCAUCAAUUUCAAAGCACACCAUGGCAGCUGAUGAUGAUCCAGGUGGAGUCAAUCUCGAUCAAAAAUUGGCCCAGUUACGGGCUGAGUUUGGAGAGGACAUCGCCGUAUAUGACUUCGGUGAUGACGGUAUGGACAAUCUAGAUGAUAUGGGUAACUUGGGUGGUGCUCUAGAAGAGGAUAUGAAUGAUUUCAACGAUGAAACCUUUGGAAUGGACACAGUUGGCAAAGACUUUGAUUUUUCUGGCUCUACGGCUCAAUUUUUGGGUAAUUCCAAGGUACCGCCAAAAGCGGAAUCCACUUCGACUUGGCCCUCUAUGCCGAGCCUUCUUUCGAAUCAUGACUCACAAGACAGAUCUAGAUUUCCGAAUGAGAGUGAAAGGGUAAAAUCAAGUGGUAUCAACUUCACCCACGAUCCCCUUUUAGGCCCGAAUAUCAACCCCAGUAGCCGUAUGCCUACUUCAUCUCUAGCCAAGCCAAGCAGUUCGGUUCCGCAGGGGGUCAAAUUCCGUAGUUUGGAGGAAAUUGAGGCUGAGAUGCGCGCCAACUCUGCUUCAUCGAAAUCGAACCAGAUCCCUUCGUCGGCUCCUCGUGCCUUGACUUUGGAGGAAGUCGAAGCUGAAAUGCUCAGAAACGCUCGAGUACAGCCAUCCGCUAUAAACGACGAAAUGCGUAAUCCGCCACCUAUGUCACUUCCAUCAAGUUCCAAAUCUAGAGCCCAACUCGUUCAACAGGUUCAGAUGCAACACUUUGCAGCUGCUCAGCGUCAUGGUGCCUCUUCGCCAGUACCGUCGUUAGCUGCGAUGAACGUUGCGCAACUGCGCUCCAAUCAUGCUUCACCAGUCCAUUUGCCCGCUCUAACACAUCCGGCGCACCCUAGUCACCCUCAACAUCCAGAAUGGUUGCGUCUACAACACCAACAGCAGCAAAUGUACACAACUGUUAUGCUCCAGCAGGCUCAACUACAACAGCUGCAGGCACAGUCUGCAAUGCGCUCAAGAACCCAUUCACCAAUAAGCCACGGGCAUUCCCAAAGUCUUUCGGUACAUGGCUUGCCUUCAGUGCCAAUGCAACAUACCGGAUCAGUGCCUAUCAACUCCUUAUUUCAAGCCCAAAACUCCAACGCAGGUUCGCCUACUGCGAUAGAUGAUCUACGGUCUGCUGCUGAGGCACGUAUUCAAGAGCAUGAACGACAAGAAGCUCUUCGACGUAAGAAAGCUGCCAAGAUUGCAGAAAUGGCUCGAUAUAACAAUUUGAUGAGCCAAGGAGAUAAAGAUUUCAUUACUCGAAUCCAGGUAUCGCAAUUGGUGAACCCUAGCCACGGCCAAGCUGGUUUUGAUCCAUAUGCCGAUGAUUUUUACUUUCAUGUAUAUAGCGCUAUUCGUGCUAGUCGAUUGGUUGCACAACAGCAGAUGCAGGCAGCUGCUGCCGAACGUGCCUCUAUCUCGGGACUUCAAGGAGGUCGUGAACAUGAACUUAUGCAGAAUCGAAAUAAUCGGAUGAAUGAAAGAAAACUCACCAGACGUGAUCAUGCGAUGAUGAGAAUGGCUCAAAAUGUACAAAGAAUUGUGGAUCAUGCUAAAGAACGUCCUAAAAUGUCACAGCUAAGCUUGGAAGGAGCGCUGGGCAAGAUUGCUCUGCGUACUCGCUCUGCUCCACGUCAAAUGUUACAGGUCCAACCCGCUUCUACAUCUGAUGAUUUGGCAGAAGCAGCGGGAGGUGAGAAUCACCCAGGUACUUUGGCUAGCGAACUUCCCAAACAGCCUGCAACUGUACCUGGACAACCUGCAAUGAAUCGUCGACAUGUUCUCAUGGCUCUCGAGCGGCUCUACAGUACCGUCUUAGAGGCUGAGCAACUACGUCGGACUCAGCCAGCCCCGCUUUCGGCGAAUGAUGCACCUGAUUCACAAAAAGAUGAGAUCGAGCAAUGGGAAGCGGAAUACGCUGCUAAAAAGGACAAGAUUUGGAAACAGCUAAGAGUAUUGGAUCCACUUGGUAUAAGCCAUCCCCACCCCUUCGUAUCGUUCAUUUCCAUUGCCAAGGGGAAACGACUUCUGCCACGAAUCAUUCGAUUGUUUACACGAGAACAGGCACUUCAAGUCCUCACGUUAUUGGUCGCCACGUUCCAAACUUUGGAUGUCAUACACGAUGCGCAUAUUCUAGACUUGCCAAAUGAUAGUCUUCUGGCAGGUUCUUUUGCAGCUAACCGACGAAGUCGACCUGAUAUGGAGGCAGAGACUGAUCUCUUUAUGAAUACGGUGGUCGCACCGAUGAUGGCGGUGAUCAAUGAACUUCCUUUGGAGCUCAUCGCUGGAUUGGUCUCGCUCAUGAUAGACCGAAAUGACUUCAUGCGCGUAGCAAGGUCCAAGCCGGGAAUCGCUUUCUUAACACUCUUCUUGAGUCGAGCCGAGAUUUUGAAAAAUGCACCAUCACCUGCACUGGGGAAUUCACCACCUAAAUCUAAUACAUUUCCAACAGAAGAAGCAUUGAUGAAUUGGCAAAUAGUCUUUGAAAGAUUAUUUAACCAACUUAGUCAAGAUUUUUCAACAUUAUUUCCAUCUACUAGAGCGAUUUUAUCAUUACCAUUUGGUACAUCCAAUUUAGUUGAACAUGAAAUUUUGAAUCAUCCGAAUUCUAGAAGAUUUAUUAGGUCUGGAUUAGAUUUAGAAGAUGAACCGGUUUGGCAAUUGAUGGCUACUUUAGCUGUUUCGACUGAUUCGGAUGGUCAACAAGCUUUGGUUGGAGGUUUAAGAGAUAAAGUUUUGGAAAAUGUCAUGGCGGUUGGUAAGAAUUGGGUUUCAGAUGAUAUUGGAUCUCUAAAAAUCCGGAAUGUUAAUCUUUUGCUACAUGCUUUGGGUUUGGAUGCAAGUAUGAUUAACUUAUCAUGAUCAAUUCACACACGUUGCUCUCGUUGGUCAUCGGUGUGGUGUCAAUUCGAAUUGGUAUUAAUCAGCGGAAAACCUAUAGAGCUUGUCUAAUAAACCUUGUUAUCAGUAAGGUGGAGUGGUUUAUUGGAGUAUUUGUUUAAAAAACAGGAUGUAGUUAAUCAAAGUGGAAAUCACUGGACUAAAUUAAGUAGAACUGUUUUACAAUGUGUUAGGAUUUUUUUAUAUAAUUUUGAUCACCUUGUUUUUUUUGGUUCUUACAUUAUUGAAUUUGUAUUCCAAUUUCGAUAUAAUACAAGAUUAGUAAUUUAGGUAUGGUG